CGUUUUCGUAAACAAAAGCCAUGUACUUUGAUUGCGAGGUUGGAGGACAAAGGACGUACAUCGUAGAAGUACGUUAGCCACAACUAAAACAGUCCGGCAAACUUUACCUGUUGGCAGUUACUGAAUUAUACUGGAAUUCACAUGAAGGCUAGUCGUGGAUAAAGCGCUAUGCAGACUUCAUGUCUCGGGAAGAGAAGUCUGUUAAACAGCUGACCACUGGCAGACGAAAGAAAGUAUGGACCGUUUGAAAAAUAUUAUUUUCGGAAUUUUCUUGGUGUACGUGAGAGAUUUUCAGAAGUGUUCCUGCCAAGGUGGAAAUAUAAAACCUACAUUUGACACAUCGCAGUCGCCGUUAAUUCAGGUCCCUGAAAAUACAACUGUAGGUUCAUCUCUGGUGUACAUCAAAGCUUCGGACAGGGAUAAGGACCCUAUACGGUUCUCACUGGAUUCAGCAGUUCAGAACCUACUCGAGAUUGACAACACUGGAAACUUGACUCUCAAAAAUCCACUAGACAGAGAGCUAGAAGUUAAAUAUCUAUUCAAUAUCUACGCUGCCGACCUUUGUCCUGGAUGUGAUCCAGAAAAACGGAAGACUGGAAAACUUUUUGUCUUGUAUGUUAAAGACGUCAAUGACAAUACACCAACCUUUAUGAGUACACCUUAUCUGGCCAGAGUUGCUGAGAACGACACAAUUGGCGAUCCUGUGAUACAAGUUAGCGCCAUCGAUAAGGACCAAGGACAAAACGCGUUAGUGUCAUAUACAUUCAGUCCAUCAACAAAGACGGAUACCUUCGCGAUCGACAAUCAUCUAGGAAUAAUAACUAUCAAUGGAUCUCUUGACUUCGAGAAAGUGCAGCGGUACACGCUAUUUGUUACAGCAAAGGAUGGUGGAGAUCCUCCGCUUGAGUCAGAGACAACAGUCAUUGUUGAGGUUUCAGAUGUCAGCGAUAACCCACCAGCAUUCCUGAGACCCAUUUACCUCGAGUCCAUUCCAGAGAACAAAGAAAAGGGUUCGUUGGUUGUUCAAGUUGAAGCAGUCGAUGGAGACGCUGGCGUUGGAAAUGCAGUCGAAUAUGAAAUUAUAGAUGGAAAUGACGAAGGAUUGUUUGAUAUUGACAAGAGUUCGGGAAAAAUUACCGUAAAUGGCACCAUUGAUGCUGAAAAAAUGGACUUCUUUAGAAUUACCGUGAGGACAUCUGAAGUGGUUGAUCCUGCUUCUAACACGACGGCCGUGGUUCUAGUCACAGUACUGGACACGAAUGACAACUCGCCCCAGUUUCUGCAGGAUCGUUACGACUUCAAUAUUCGAGAAGAUCUGGCUCGGCCAGGGUACAUAAUUACUGAUCAGUUGAACGUGCAAGACAAAGACAUCUAUCCUCAGAAUCGCCGCUUCCAAUAUUCUUUAUCCGGAGAGGACAGCAAAUACUUCACAAUCCACCAAUCGUCUGGUCUUCUCAAGGUCAAUGCGACUUUGGAUUAUGAGCAACAUAAGGCCAAUUUUUCCUUCAAGGUAUUUGCCAACGAAAGUGAAACUACCGAGAGGCUUUCAAGUUUUGCCAUCGUGGAAGUUGAUUUGAUCAAUAUAAAUGACAACGAGCCUAAGUUUAACCAAAGAUCGUACAACUUUACUUACGAUGAGGAAAUCCCUGAAGGCUUUGUAAUUGGAACAAUUAUGGCCACAGAUGCCGAUCUAGGUUCUUAUGGAGAAAUCAAAUAUGAGUUGUACGGCACCGGUGCAGCAAGCUUUACGGUAGAUUCAUCAAAUGGUUCUAUUCGAGCGAGCAAAGUUCUGGAUUAUGAAAAGAAUAAAGAGUUCAUGUUCUUUCUACUCGCCAACGAUGGUGGAAGAUUUUUUGAGGAGGAUAAGCGUUACGUCACAACAAUCCGAGUUUCACUGAGAGAUAUCAAUGAUAAUCAACCCGUGUUUCUCGAGACUCCUUAUGCUGCGGAUAUCAUGGAAAACCAAACCGACGUUGUUUUCGUUUAUCAGGUCUCUGCAACAGAUGUAGACGCCGGAGACAAUGCACGGGUCUCCUUCAACAUAACGGAUGGCAAUAUUGGAAAUGCCUUUGCAAUAAAUGAAAGUGGAAUAAUUACCACUACGAUGAAACUCGACCGGGAAACAGUUUCAUCUUAUUCUCUAACGAUCAUGGCUUACGACCAUGGGAAGCCGUCUAGAAACACGACGACUAUUUUCACUGUCACAGUCCUUGAUAUAAAUGACAACCCACCAGUGAUCCUUGAUGGACCGUAUCUGACAGCAAAUGUUAGCGAGGGUAAAGGUGGUGGAACAGUAGUUUACACUUUCGAAGCCUCCGACCAAGAUGAAGGCCGCAACAAGAAGUUAACAUACGCAAUUUCUGCUGGCCAGAAUGGAGAAUUUAUUCUGAAUAGUAACACAGGAGUGCUGCAAAUAUCUCCAACGGGGCUUGACAGAGAGCUUCAUUCAAGCUACAACCUGACAAUUAAUGCCACUGACGGAGGAAAUCCAAUGUUGUGGGGCUACUCCGAGCUGCACAUAAAGAUACUGGACACUAAUGACAAUCCUCCGGAGUUUGUUCCCAGUCCUUCAGUCUCACUCUCGACGUACAUCAGAGUUACUGAUGAAGGACGAGAUAGCAUCAAUAGAGUCAUCAUCGAUGUUAACGCUACAGACAAAGAUGACGGAACAAAUGCCAAGAUUGUGUACUCCUUAGAUGGGGACCAACAUGGGUACUUCCAAUUAAAUUCGUCAACGGGAGUUUUAUAUGUUCGUAAAGUCCUGGACCGAGAAAACUCGGAGAUGACCUUAGAUGCACAAGAGAGAGGAGUUUUUUCUCUCGAUAUCACGGCUACUGAUCAAGCUGAGCCUGAAAACACUCGAAAAAGCUCUACCGUGAGGGUCACCGUAAUAGUCAACGACAUUAACGACAACACCCCUCAAUUCGACGAUCCACCCCAGUCCACCAGCAUCAGCGAGGCCGCUCGGCCCGGAAGUAAUGUGAUACAGGUCCUCGCAGCGGACAAAGAUUUAGGAUUUGCUGGCAAAGUUGUGUACAAUAUUACCGAAGGAAAUAACAAUGGACAUUUUGAAAUAACUCCAAGCGGCUACAUUCUUGUAAAGAGAACGCUGGAUGCUGAGGUUGAAUCUUUGUAUAACCUGACUAUUGAAGCAAAAGAUCAAGGAAAACCGAGGAGAUCCAAUACGACGGUUGUGUCCAUUGUUGUAGACGAUGUCAACGAAAACGAUCCCGUUUUCAACCAGUCCACCUAUCACCGUCGCGUGUUAGAAAAUUCCAACGUGAGCACGCUUGUCGCAACAGUGCACGCAACAGACGAAGACCAAGAUGCUAAUGGUCGGGUGUCAUACAAGAUCACCAGUGGCAACUCAGGGGAGGCAUUUGCAAUCAAUAAUCAAACUGGAGAGGUCACUGUAAAGGGCUCCAUAGACAGGGAGAAGAUCAAGGAGUAUACUCUGAGUAUACAAGCUGAAGAUGCUGGUCAUCCCUCCAGUAGGAAGGCUUUUGCAGACCUUGUCGUUACAGUCCUUGAUGAAAACGAUAGUCCACCACAGUUUAAGGAGAAUUCUUACGAAGCAUCCAUUGCAGAGAACUCGGAAGCAGGAAAAACAGUUGUGCCGACUGUCGAAAUAGGCGCCACAGAUGCGGACGAGGGAGCCAACGCAAUCAUCUCAUUCUCUCUCUACGGUACUGGUUCAGAGAAUUUCCAGAUCAAUGCAACAACAGCAGUUAUUACUACACGCUACAACAGCUCUCUCGACAGAGAAAGGAACGACACUUAUCAUUUGACGCUGACUGCCUCAGACGGCGGAAACCAAACCACUUCUAUUCCCCUAGUGGUCAAAAUAACCGACGUCAAUGACGAACGCCCCCGCUUUAGUCAGCAGGUGUACUAUGCAAACAUAUCCGAGGAUGCUGCACGUGGUACAACGGUCAGGAGGGUGACAGCCACAGAUCUUGACUUCUUGAUCUUGAAUAAGGAAAUUACCUACACGUCAACGGGAGCUGAUGCAAAGUUUUACAUUAACAGAGCAACAGGUGAUAUCAUCGUGGACUCUGGCCUCGACCGAGAAUUCAAAAGCUAUUAUGUGCUUCAUGUAACGGCAUCUAACAUUGGACAAAAUUCAAAGGAAGGGUCGUGUCAGGUUAACAUCACUGUCACCGAUGUCAUUGAUGAAAAACCUUUCUUCGACACCGAUACGUUGACAUUUCACAUUUCCGAGAAUGCCACAGUUGGAAUGAAUGUAACUCAGCUGAAAGCUCAAGACAGAGAUAUAGGCGACAGUCACACUUACGCACUCGUAAAGAGCGAUUCAAGUGGAUAUUUCAGUAUAGACCGAGACACUGGUGUGAUAACAACUUCCAAAGACCUGGACAGGGAAAAUAUGACGGAACACGUCAUUUAUGUGCAAGCAACGGACAGUGUAAACCUGACAUCAGACAAAGUGAAAAUCGUGAUCAAAGUUGAUGACGUCAAUGACCACGCGCCAGUCUUCACAAAGUCCUUUUACAUCGAAGAUUACCGCGAAGAAUCUCCAAAGGAUACCAGUAUUUUGACAGUCUCAGCUAAAGAUGCCGAUAUGGGCGUCAAUGCCGAAAUAAGAUUCAGCAUUGUUGGCAAUGCUACAAAGUACGUUUCAGUUAAUCCAGUUACCGGAUUUAUCUCCCAGGCUGAUUAGGAACUUGACCGGGAAAUAACGUCCCACUUCAACUUCACUGUUCGUGCGACGGAUCUUGGUUCUCCAGCGCUCUCGUCUGAAGUGGAGGUAUCUUUAGCUUUGGUCGACAUCAAUGACAACAGUCCUGCCUUUAACAGGACUGUCUAUCGAGCCUACGUCAUGGAAAACCAUCCAAUAGGUACACCACUCCUGGUUGUCACUGCAACAGAUAAGGAUGUGGGAACCAAUGCGAGACUCUCUUACGGACUUCGCGGAGGAAAUUUCCGUUUCAACAUCGACCAAGACACAGGAAAUAUAACGACAGCAGUUCGUUUGGACAGAGAGCAGGCUGGCGCUGAAUCAUAUACUUUGACUGUGCUGGCAGCAGAUGACGCUGUAAGAAGUCGAGAAGGAACCACACAGGUCAUUGUAACAGUACUGGAUGAUAACGAUCACAACCCAGUAUUCUCGCAGUCAAAUUACCUCUUCGAAGUUGCUGAAAAUGUCGAUGUUGGCCACGCUGUUGGUUUGGUGUCUGCCUCAGAUGAUGAUGAGGGGUCAAAUGCAAUGAUAACUUAUCUAAUAAAGGCGGAGAAUGGAAGUGUACCCAUCAUGAUAAAUGAUACAACGGGCAGGAUCAUGACUACGAGCAAACUGGACAGAGAGAAAAACAGCUCUUGGACAUUAAUUAUCAUUGCUCGAGACAACGGAAGUCCUUCUCUGGAAAGCAACGUGACAGUUCAAAUCGUUAUAAAUGACGUAAAUGAUAACGCUCCAAAGUUCCAACAUGCCCUUUACAAUGUCACACUACCAGAAAGCACAUUUACUAAGACGGAGGUGGAAACUGUUUCUGCUUCGGAUCCUGAUGAAGGUGGAAACGGUCAGUUUCGAUACAGCAUUGAGAGCGGUGAUCCUGACGACCAGUUUGCUAUAAACGCCAUUACUGGUGUCAUCACCUUAAGACAAAAACUUGACCACGAAACCAAGGCCUUCUACAACAUUACCAUCGCAGCACAAGACUUGGGUAUCCCUGCCCUUUCUGGUUACACUAAUCUCCUCGUAACCGUUAGUGACGUAGAUGACAACGCGCCGGUCUUUCACAAAAAUGGAUACACCGCAAGCAUAUUAGAAAAUGCCACCGCGGGCACAUUUGUCGCCCAAGUAAACGCCUCAGAUAUCGACGCUGACGAGGCGCACAAGACCAUAUAUUAUCGGAUCGAAGGAGGAAAUGAACAGAGAAAUUUCGUCAUCGGCGAGUUAAAUGGCACCAUGUUCCUUAAUUGGACUGGAAAAGGUCUUGAUCGCGAGAAAGUUUCAUCGUACACUCUAACUGUAGCCGCCAUCAGCAGAGUAAACAACACAGAGCAAAAAUCAACAGUCCUUCUGAUUGUCACGAUUCUUGAUGUCAAUGACGUCACUCCAAAGUUUGAUACAAAGUACUACAUCAAGUCAGUGCGAGAGGACAUUGAGAAGCUGAGUUCAUCCGAUGACAAGCGAAUCUUGACGGUUUCUGCAAAAGACGAUGACGUGGGCGACAACGCUAAAAUAUUUUACAGCAUUUCUAAAGGAAAUGAAGAAGGAGUUUUUACGCUAAAUAACGUUACCGGCGAGUUGCUGAAGGCCAGGGCACUUGAUCGUGAAGUUAAAGACUUUUAUAGCCUUUUGGUGACAGCCGCUGAUCACGGACAGCCGCCGCUCUUCAACCAAACCACGAUAAACAUCACCAUCGAUGACGUCAAUGACCAAACCCCCAUGAUACAUACGCAAGCAUUUUUCUCAGUGCUUGAGAAUGCAACAGUUGGUACACUCAUCACAACAAUUAAUGCAACGGACAGAGACAAAGAUGUAAACGCUCAGAUCAAGUUCACCAUCAUAAGUGGGAACGAUGACGAGAGGUUCAAACUGAAUGAAACUAACGGUGAACUUCGGACAGCAAAGAGUCUUGAUUACGAUCAAGAAACGAAUUCCUACAAGCUCACAAUUGAAGCUAAAGAUCUCGGAAGUCCUCCUCGAUCAAGCGUAAAAACCAUAACCAUUGUGUUAGAGAAUAUUGAUGAUAACCUUCCAGUGUUUGUCAAGCGUCAAGUCACGUUAUCAGUUGGCGAAAACCUCCCAGCGGGAGCUGUAGUUGGAACAAUAGCAGCUUUUGAUGCAGAUCAGGCUGGGCUCAUAUACUACUACAUACAAAGUGGAGACAGUGGAGCCAUGUUCACUCUGAAUGAGACGACUGGAGUGCUGCGCACAACUCGACAAGCCGAUCGGGAGGACAAAGCGAAGUUCUUCCUUUACAUAAAAUCUUCGAAUGUAAAGCUCGACCCAGUCUCCCUGCAGCCGAGAAAUAGAAGAGCGGCCCCGGAUACUAGUUCGAAUCAAACUAACACGACUCAAGCACCAUUACCAGAUGACCUAGGCGUACAGCUGGUGAUUGUGGAAAUCGCGGAUCAAAAUGAUAAUGGUCCUCGCUUUACCGAGAAACUUUACACCGGAGGAGUUUCUGAAGAUGCUAAACAUGGAAGCAACAUAAUACAAGUUUUUGCCGUAGACUCUGACGAAGGAAACAAUAGCCGUAUAUCCUACGAACUUUUGCAAACAAAGGAUAGUGAGGAAUUCAGUAUGGAUCGAGAAACUGGCUGGAUCAAAGCAAAGGCCUCAUACGCGGGAAAGUUUGGAAUCCAGUUUGUUCUUAACGUCAUUGCUAAGGACAGAUUUGGGGAAGAGCCGUAUUUCAACGAUACUGCUGAAGUCAAGAUUUAUGUACUCACGGAUAUUCAACGAGCUGUGAUAAUAACAGGACGACCGCCUGAAUACGUUCGAAAAUAUCAAGCAGACUUAAAAAGAGUACUGGAGAAUAUCACCGGUUACAUAAUAAACAUAGAUGACAUUAACUAUUACAAGGAUAAAGAUGGGAAUUACGAUCGCGAAAGGACAGCGGUUCUCUUCCAUGCUGUGGAUCCCACAACCAACAAAGUUGUUGACAAAGAAAUUGUCAUUGACAAAAUAGACAACAACUAUCAUAAGCAUCUUGGAUUCUUCAACGAAUGGAAAAUCAAAGAAGUAAAGGCCCACGUUGAAGACCAGAAAGAUGACGAAUUUCCCACAGUGCUCGCUGUAGUCAUUGGUCUUGGAAUUCUCCUUUUCAUAAUCAUUUUGAUAUUUUGUUGCGUGGUUUUCCAGCUCAGGAAGAGGCAAAAUAGAAAAUUACGUGCAGCGACUGCAGCUAGUUAUGGAGGAUCACGCUCCGUCAACAAUGGAACAGUAUCAUCUAUUCCUGCCACGAAUACGCGCAUCUCUGAGGGAUCAAACCCAGUCUGGGUUGACCCAUAUCAUAAUUGGGGUAUGAGGACCGAAGACGAAGACGCAGAAGUACAACCAUCUCCAUUUUAUGGAGGCACGUUCCACAUAGCUGAGGACGGUCAAGAGGAGCUGUACGAGGCACAGGAAUAUUCAACAGAUGUACACGAGGAGGACUCUGACAUCGGAAAGCCUGGGACGAGUUUUAGUGGAAGUCGGAAGAGUUCCACCUCACCCCCCUCCCCUGAGGCAUAUGAGUCGUCACCGAUGACGGAAAGAAAAUAUUUACCACAUUCAUCAAAAUUUAUUGUGACUACAGUAUAAUGUAAUUGCAUGCAAGUCCAACUUGCUAUUGUAAUAGUAACUACCGUUUUUAUAAGUUUGUAAAAUAGAAAAUGUUACUGGUUUACAGUUUUUAGUUUUUAUUUUCAUAUUUGGAAAAUCGCAACUUUUCAAGAGCACUUACUUGUAUGAGAGAUGGGUUAGAAGGUUUACAUUAUACCUUAAAAAGGAGAGAAUCUUAUGUUUAAAGAAUAUAAUGUACUGGAUUAUGCAAAGCUCAAAUUCAUGUUAAGCUUCUUGAUGCAAAAUAUUUGCUACAGAAAAAUAAAUAAUUUGAAAAGUAAAAUUAGGAAUGUUAUAAAUUAGGCACAAAAAACAUACGCUUAGACUUUGAUCAUUCCAUAAACAUUCAAUUUGAAACUCCCGACGUCAUUCAUGGCCUGAUCAAGUUUGGUUCAGGCUUAAUCGUGCAUUAGUCCAUGCGAUGAGGUUCAACAGUCUUUUUGAUUGUAUGUACUCAAUAACCGAGUGGGACGGCAGGACGGUCAACUUAUUUGCUCGAGGUCACAACGUGCGGACGGAGCACAGCGAGGUUAUUUCAUGCGUUACGAUCAAACUAAAUAAACAUUUUAUAACAUGA